UUUCCACAUUUUGAAAUGAUGAAGAAUCUUACAAGAUGGGAAACUUAAGAAUUCGUAGAAGACCUUUCACAAAGCAAAAAGACGCUUCCACCGUCGUUGGCCGAGUCAAGCCCAACGGCGGCUGCUGCAAAAAGCACCCAAAACACCAACAAUCCCCCGGCGUGUGUUCUCUUUGCUUAAAGGAAAAGCUCGCCAAGCUGCCGGCCGCUUUCUCGCAUCGCCGUAGAGUAACAACCUCCUUAUGUUCCUCUUAUACAUCCUCUUCCUCUGUGUCUUCAUUGUCUUCGUAUUAUGAUUCUUUAUGUUCUACUUCUUCUUGUCCUUCUCCGGUGCAUUGUGGAUCCUCAUCCGGGCCCAUUUUUCCGGUGUUAUUUAAGCAUGUGAUCAUGAGGAGAAAGUCAAUGUCAACGGUUGCUACUCAAGCUAGAAAGAGAGAUCAUCAUGAUGAAGAUUAUGAAGGUGGUGUUUGUGGGUUUUGGUUCAAUUUUCUUCAUCCUAAGAGAAAGAUCGGAAAGGAUGAGAGGGACACUAAUAAUAAGAUGCAUCGUUCUAUGUUCUAUAAGAGUAAAGGUCUGCAUAACCAGCUGAAACCUUAGAGUUAGAGAGAGGACACCAAAAAAAUGGAAAAAGGAAAAGAACAAGAUGUUUUCUGUUUUAUAGCUUAAUGGUCAUUACAUGAAAAAAUGGAAAAUAUAGUAAAAAUAUUAGCCUAUGAUUUCUUAUUAACUUGUAGUUCUGUGUUGAUGGCGUAUAAAAAUUUUAAGUUACAGAUUAAAUAUCAGAUUUGUUUCCUUGUUUAGAGAUAUAGCAACCCCAUAAAGAAUUUCGCCCGUUUUGUGUGUGAUUAAUAGUGAUGAUCAUUGCUUGUGGUUGCUGAGAAUUUCGGAUACUUCUGGUUCUUGAUAUUGUUCUUUUCAUUCCAUGCAUGUCUGUUGUGAUCCAUAAGAGAUCACAGUACUAAUUAAUAAUACGAAUCUCUCCAAGAGAUCCAUAGGCCACUAUUGCUUUAA